CGCUGCGGCUCCUGGUGCUGACGAAGAAAAAACACUUCCGCCGUUUCGUCCUGUCACAGAAAACACUUGGCGCAGCGAGACAGACAGGAUGGCAGGCCGUCGUGUAGCCCUGAAGGCCAUUGACUGGGUGGCCUUUGCCGAGCGGAUUCCACCCAACCAGAGGGGCAUGUUCAAUGCUCUGAAAACUCGCAGUGAUGCUAUCUCUGCCAAACUAGCCUCCCUGCCAGAGACUCCUGUAGCCAUUGACUGGAGUUACUACAGGACCACGGUGGCCAAAGCCGGGAUGGUUGAUGAGUUUGAGAAGAAGUUCAAAGCCCUGCAGAUCCCUCAGCCUGUUGACACACAAACGAGCGCCAUCAAUGCACAGGAGGCCGAGGCUAACAAAAGCGCAGUAGCCUACAUUGAAGGAUCAAAGGCCCGCAUCACUCAGUAUGAGCAAGAGUUGAAUAUGUUUAAGAACAUGAUCCCCUUCGAUCAAAUGACCAUUGAGGACCUCAACAACACCUUCCCGGAGACAAAGUUGGAUAAGGUCAAACAUCCCUACUGGCCCCACAAGCCCAUUUCCGAACUGUAAUCCUAUUACUGGACUCUCACCUCACAAUAAAAAUAAUGUAUUUUAAAGAGAAA